GCAGUGCGAUACCAAGCAGGACAGUCAGCUGGGGGCCAGCAGCAAGACCCCUACCUCCCCGCAAGCUGCCUUCACCCAGCAGGGAAUGGAAGGCAUUAAGGUAUUCUUGCACGAACGAGAAUUAUGGACGAAAUUUCACGAAGUAGGCACGGAGAUGAUCAUAACCAAGGCGGGAAGGCGAAUGUUUCCCAGUUACAAGGUGAAAGUCACUGGCCUCAAUCCGAAGACCAAGUACAUCCUUCUUAUGGAUAUUGUGCCGGCUGAUGACCACAGAUACAAGUUUGCUGAUAACAAAUGGUCGGUAACUGGUAAGGCUGAGCCGGCAAUGCCUGGGCGUUUGUAUGUUCAUCCAGACUCUCCUGCCACUGGUGCACAUUGGAUGAGGCAACUGGUUUCUUUCCAGAAGCUAAAGCUCACUAACAACCAUCUUGAUCCUUUUGGGCAUAUCAUCCUGAAUUCAAUGCACAAAUAUCAGCCUCGGCUCCACAUAGUUAAAGCAGACGAAAAUAAUGGAUUUGGGUCCAAGAACACAGCUUUCUGUACACAUGUCUUCCCGGAAACAGCGUUUAUAGCAGUCACUUCCUACCAGAACCACAAGAUUACACAGCUAAAGAUUGAAAACAACCCAUUUGCCAAAGGAUUUAGGGGGAGCGAUGACAUGGAGCUGCAUCGGAUGUCCAGAAUGCAAAGCAAAGAAUAUCCAGUGGUCCCAAGAAGUACAGUGCGACAGAAAGUUUCAUCGAAUCAUAGUCCAUUUCCCUCGGAAUCUCGGAAUAUUUCCAAUUCCUCCAACCUCAGUUCUCAGUACCAGUGUGAGAAUGGUGUUAGCAGCACCUCUCAGGACUUAAUGCCUCCUUCCAACUCAUACCAAUCUCUUCCUCAUGAACCUGGGCCUAUAUAUCACUGCACAAAAAGAAAAGCAAGUGAAGAAUCGCCUGAACAUCCUUAUAAGAAGCCCUACAUGGACACAUCUCCAAAUGAUGACGAUCCAUACUACAGGCCUGGGUAUCCACAACCAUCCUCCUCUUCUUCGUCUUCAACCUCUUUUCGCACAGAGUCGGCACAACGCCAGGCCUGCAUGUAUGCUAAUUCAGCACCUGCCACAGAGCCUGUCACAGGCAUAGAAGACAUUUCAUGUAAUAGCUGGUCAAGUGUGCCAUCUUAUAGUAGCUGCACAGUGGGAGGUGGAAUGCAACCUAUGGAGCGAUUGCCCUACCAGCACUUCUCUGCCCAUUUUACCUCUAGCUCACUUAUGCCCAGAUUGGGCAACCAUGCCAGCUCACAGGCUGCAGAUAGCCACUCCAUGUUCCAACAUCAGCCUUCUCACCAAGCUAUUGUAAGGCAGUGUGCACCUCAGGCUGGGUUACAACAGGCAUCUACCAUCCAGUCCUCUGACUUUCUUUACCCACAUGUUCCUCGGACCCUAUCACCACACCAAUAUCACCCUGUCCAUGGAGUGGGAAUGGUACCAGACUGGAGUGAGAACAGCUAACAGAGCAGAGACACUAAAUGUACAUUGUUUUGGAGUAAAAGGCUAAAGCAAAAUGUUUGUAGGACAACAUAAAGUGGAGAUAUCCUAAAAAGACACAAGGACUUGUAUGCUGGACCAUUGCUUUUUAAACACCUCAAACAUUCACCCAUUCUUUCACUUCCCUUCUAUUCCUUCUGGCACUGGGAUCACAAAUGGGAUGAAAAGGAAUGAUAGCAGACAAUGCUUCGGAAACACAAGUUGUGAAAUGCAAGAUGAACAGUCAAUAGAAAAGAGCCUAACUAGAGGCUUUGCACUUCACACAAUAGGCUUUAUUAAGAUGGCUGGUGCUUAUAUG